AAAACGUCACCCUCGUCAGAGUGGGAUCCUACAAGAAGAGCGUUUGAAUCCACUUUUGAAUCUCAACGGUUGUUAUAAAUUAUUUUGAAGUCAACUGAUAAAUGAAAUAGGAUUUUAAAAUGGCUUUAAGAGGGUCUCUGCGUCGUCUUCUACGGACUCAACUCAACAAUACCUGUCAGAGCAGAGCGCAUUCUGUGGCUGUUUUAGGAGCACCAUUCUCAAAAGGACAGAAAAGAAGAGGGGUGGAACAUGGACCCAAAGCCAUCAGGGAUGCCGGUCUGAUCGAGAGGCUUUCAAAUCUGGAUUACCCAGUGCAUGACUUUGGAGACCUGAGCUUCCAGUAUCUGGAGAAGGACGAGCCCUACAUGCACGUCCCCUUCCCUCGCACUGUGGGCAGAGCUAACAAACUGCUGUCAGGGGCCGUCAGCAACGCGGUGGGAGCCGGACACACUACCGUCAUGCUGGGAGGAGACCACAGCCUGGCCAUUGGUUCAGUGGAAGGCCACGCCCGGCAGUGUCCUGACCUGUGUCUGAUCUGGGUCGACGCCCACGCCGACAUAAACACGCCCCUCACCUCGCCCUCAGGGAACCUGCACGGACAGUCGGUUGCCUUUAUGCUGAAAGAGCUGCAGAACAAGAUGCCAGAGCUGCCAGGGUUCAGCUGGAUGAAGCCCUUCCUGUCGGCUAAGGACCUGGUCUACAUUGGCCUGAGAGACGUCGACCCUGGAGAGUACGACAUCCUGAAAGACUUGGGUGUCCAGUACUUCACAAUGAGAGACAUCGACAGGCUCGGCAUCCAGAGAGUCAUGGAAGUCACUUUCGACCACCUCUUGUCAAGGAAGCAGCGGCCGAUCCAUCUGAGUUUUGACAUUGACGCGAUGGACCCGUCUUUGGCCCCGGCCACAGGAACACCAGUAAACGGAGGACUGACCUACAGAGAAGGAAUCUGGAUCACAGAGGAGAUUCACAACACAGGUAUGUUAGGGCUAUAAUGAUCCACAACACAGGUAUGUUAGGGCUAUAAUGAUCCACAACACAGGUAUGUUAGGACUAUAAUGAUCCACAACACAGGUAUGUUAGGGCUAUAAUGAUCCACAACACAGGUAUGUUAGGGCUAUAAUGAUCCACAACACAGGUAUGUUAGGGCUAUAAUGAUCCACAACACAGGUAUGUUAGGGCUAUAAUGAUCCAUAACACAGGUAUGUUAGGGCUAUAAUGAUCCACAACACAGGUAUGUUAGGGCUAUAAUGAUCCACAACACAGGUAUGUUAGGGCUAUAAUGAUCCACAACACAGGUAUGUUAGGGCUAUAAUGAUCCACAACACAGGUAUGU